ACUGUCAAGACAAGCGGACCUUUGUGCUAUAGUGACCCUGUGGCGAGAUUUCAAUGUUCUGAGAACCAUGUCACACCACUGGCUCCUGAUCACGCUCUCCUGGCUGGGGACGGCCAGCCUCCAGUACAUCAACACCGGAGGCCCCGGGGCAGACUCCAUCCUCGACCCCUUGGACUCCGUGCUGCAGUACCCGCUGCCAUACGUCAAUUACUUCAACAUGCCGGCCACGCGCGAACUCGAACCCCCACCAGAACCCAACGACCAAUACUACAACCAAGAGACAGAAGUACAGAGGAAGAGGAGAACAGCUGACGAUAAAGAAGAAGCAAGGAGCAGGCAUUGGCUGCCAAACUUGGUUGAUACCGACAAGACAUUAUACUUUCGCAACGAAGACCAAAACGGCAGUCCAUUUCUGAUCGGCUACACUGGCACUGCAGAUGAGAACGCUACUGAGCUGCUGAAUAAUAUUGAGAAGAAGAGCUUCAGCCCGUGGGGUGGUAAGAGGGAUAAGGCAAGCAUCGAACAUAUGUGGACAUGGAAACGAGCAGCGGCCAUCCGCGAACCUACUAUGCCGAAGCGAGUGCGCUUUAGUCCCUGGGGAGGCAAGCGCAGCGGACAAAUGGUGCUGAAACCUGGAGGCAAAGGCUCUAAGAUAAUAUUCUCAACCUCCAUCCCGGAACUGACGCGUAUCGUCUCUAACUACUCGCCGGCAAACGAGAAACUGGACGUAGCUGGCUUCCAAUUCAUCCCGAACGUUGACAAACGGCAUCCGAUCAAAAUUCUCGCUUUAAGCACCAAAAUGGAUGAGAGGACGAUGCGAGAAGCGCUACCCUUCAAGGCAUUCGUUGAAUCUCUACCUAAGAUCUUCAAACCUGGCCAUCCGUACUUGGAUGUGAACCUCAAGAAAGAUGGCAAGAGGAAAGUUAAAUUCAGCGUAUGGGGAGGCAAGCGGUCACCACCAAUCAUUGGUCCCAUCUGGACCCCUGCACCACAAAACAUCAAGGACUCCACCUUGGACACGAUUCUUCUCAUCAGGAACAGUCAAGACAAAGACGACCACGCGGCGAAGGCUUUGUAAAAUUUUAAGUCAUUUUGUUUAUAAUUGUUGAGCUCAAAAUUUUCUGUUUCACUAUGUAGAUCACUUAGAGUAAGUGCCAUACCACUCUAAAAGUUUGGUGAAAAAAAAAAACAAAAAAAUAAUGUCUAUGGCAAAUUGGCUGGGUUUGCCAUAGGCCGUACUGACGGUACUUUGUUAUUUGUUAGCUAUAUUGUUAGUUGAUGUUAGUAAUAUUUAGUCACUUACGCGUCAAAUUCCGCCAUU